UUAUCGAAACAGAGAGAACCCAAGAGAAAGUGAGAGAGAGAGAUGGUGAUACUCUGCGUUUCAUCUUCGGUCACGUUCGCUUCUUCAUCUGUUUCUUCUCGUUCUUAUUCUUCCCACAUGAACAGUAGCAGUGGCAUUAUCAAAAACCCAUUUGUUGGUUUUCCCUUGUCAUUAUCAAAUCCAUCGAUUCGAAGAAUUUCGUUUCCUCGUUUCCAGGUUCGAUGCCAGGACCUUUCUCUCAUCCCCAAAGAUCAACGCUGGAUGUUUGAAGACUCCGAAGCCAACGGCCCUGAUAUUUGGAAUAAGACAUGGUAUCCCAAAGCUGCUGAUCAUGUGAACACAGAUAAGCCAUGGUAUGUAGUUGAUGCUACAGACAAAAUUCUUGGAAGACUAGCAUCAACGAUUGCUAUUUACAUCCGUGGGAAAAAUCUGGCUACCUAUACUCCCAGCGUGGACAUGGGGGCAUUCGUGAUUGUGGUAAAUGCAGAAAAAGUAGCUGUGUCCGGCAAGAAAAGGACCCAGAAGCUCUACAGGAGGCAUUCAGGGCGACCAGGUGGUAUGAAAGUGGAAACUUUUGACCAACUACAGCAGAGAAUUCCAGAGAGAAUUAUUGAACAUGCUGUUCGGGGUAUGCUUCCCAAAGGAAGGCUUGGCAGAGCAUUAUUCAAUCACCUGAAGGUUUACAAGGGCCCGGAUCAUCCACAUGAGGCCCAGAGGGCCAUUGAGCUGCCCAUAAGGGAUAAAAGGAUGCAGAAAGAAAGAUAGAUUUGAAUCAUAACUCCAGCAGAAUAUAUAAUGUUGUGAUCCCUCACUUUCCCCAUGGUUAACAUACCUUGUUAUUUUUUGUUUGUGGCUUUUUUGUCACAUGAUUCAGAUCUCAUGUAGAAGUUCAUGUUUGUUUUAUCUUGUAGAUGUAUCCGAUUUUAGGUUUCCCCGUUUUUAUAUGAUGUAUGUUGUCGAAGUUUCAGUCUCAUUUUAUAAAUAUACAUAAAAUUCUGUGUUACAAGUUUACAACA